CCCGCGGCAGCGCUGUAUGUAAACAAAAUAAACCUGCCGUCAGUCGUAGUAGUAGCCGUAGAAGCGUAUUUGUGGUCUUUGUUUCGAGGGCCAAUAGGCUUGCAUUUACAAUAAUCAAUGAAAAAAAUGACAGAGCCAGAUCGAGGUAAACAAUGUAAGGAGAGAAACUUUCGCAACCGUAACAAGAGAAAAUAUAAGCAUAAAAAGAAUGGUAAGCAAACGAAACGAAAUUUUGAGAAAGGCUACCAGCAGCAGCAGGAACAGUGUUCCGCUGGAAAUUUUGUUCGUCCAGCAGCGUCAUGCCCAAUACCGAGUGUCCCGGCUAUGAAAAAUGCCCAUAAUCUGUGGACACGUACCUAUCAAAACAUUGUAAGGUGGCACUGUCAGCAUCAGUCCAAUUACUGGCGAAACCGUGCGUUUGAGCUACGCGCCGAAAAUGCACGCCUCCGACGUCGUCUUGCGGUGCAGGAUUCGGAGGAUGAGGAUGCAGAAGCUGCAAUUCACGAGCGGCAGCAGCAGCAGCCAGAAAGGCAAGAAGCCGUCUCAGUGGCCCCUGCGGACGAUGCGGACGCCGAUGAGGCUCUGGACGAGGAGUUUAUCGCGUUUAUGGAAGUGUCCGCUAGGCAUCGCCAGGAACGGAGGAGGUUGAAAAACGAAAGUGUUCAUUAAUUAGAUUUGUGAAUAAAUUAAGGUAGAUUAAAUAAUUCGAGUCUCU